UGCCAGUUUCAGCACCAGAAACCAGGAGGUACCAUCUGAGUCAGCGGCAGGGAAUCAGAAAAGGCAAGACACCGUAGGAGGCCGGAGCGAGGAACCUCCUCCACCCGCGCAGGCUCCAGAUGAGCCCAGUGUGGCGGUCAAACACGUCAGCGCACAUCCUCUCGCUCACCAGACCAGCGAAUCGAAUUCGGGCUUCAGGACGGGUCCGCCUCCCUCACGUCCGUUUCACUCCGCUCCCCACAGCAGCGGCUCACGCCUCUUCCUCUGCUGUCCCCCGUCCCGGCGCUGACGCUGUCCCGCGCCGGGACCUGGCCAGCCUCGCAGACUCCUCCCCAGCCGUCAGCAGCCCGGACGAAGGCGUCGGCUCGUCAAGUCCAGCGGAACUGCCGUCGCACCACAGACGAGACGCCCCCACCGCCUUUAGAGCCGUCGCUCCUCAGGGGAGCGUCAUCACGGCGUCAUCAGGGUCCCUCACACAGCGACACAGAGCCACAGCCCCACGGAGUCUCUACUCUGCUGAAACACCAGUGCCUGUGCUGCUGCCUUACAAACCUCGCGGCAGUGAGGAGCUCUUCUACGUCCCUCAGACAGAAGCGGACGUCUCCUUCACAGACCAGUCCAACACAACCCUGGAGAGCUCUCACCCAGGCUCCGACGACGCCGUGCCUCCCAGGUUCAGCAGCGAGGUCCUUGGGGAUCAGGACCCGGGGUUGGGCCGCGGAGUCGCCAUCAGACACGAGGAGGGGAUCUACAGCAAGAGGCUGAAAGCGCCGUCGCUCAGAAUGCAGGAGCCUUCAGGCGCAGAUGCUUCUGCGGCGGCACACAGAGGAUUAACAGCUUUGAGUCGGACUCCAACGUCGUCUUCCCAGGCGUCGGCUACCGUUACCGCGCAGCCUCCAGUUCACAAGCACAAGGUCUCCCAGAGGGACCGAGGUACCAGCCCCAUCCUGUGCCUCCGUUACAAACCAACUGAGCCCACUCCUCACAGGUUCCAUCCGGCACUUAUAGAAAGGGUCCAGACGCAGGUCAGAGAGCGAGCCGGUCCUCCACCGGCCCCCCGACACAGCAGCAACACCCUGGACCACCUGUGGCAGAAGUUCUGUGAACAGUGGAGCAAGGAGGAGACGCACGCCGCCAGCGAUGGAGAGGCUUCGCUGCUGGAGCGGUUAGAGCGUCUGUCCCGUGUGAUUCAUGGAUCGCAUGUCCGGGAAGGACAGGGUUAUUAUCUUCCUGAAGCGCCUGCGAGGACACCGAGGAGGGCAGAGAGAAACAUGGGAAGGAGAGCGGGAGGAGGCAGAGAAGCAGAUCUUCCAGCUCUACGGAGGCUGCAGGCGGAGGAGCCUGAGCUUCCUGCAGAGAGCGACAGCUGCGUCUCCAACAGCUCCUCCCAGGACCGCCCGUUCUCCCCAGCAGACAGAGACCGUCCAGAGAGCCCGUCCGGCUCCACGUCCACCGUGGAUACGGCGCGGCUCGUCCGAGCUUUCGGCGCCGCCAGGGUGAGGCACCCGAGGAGCGGCUCUAGCCUCAGGAAACUGUACGGCGCCAUCGACAAGCAGAGGGAGGCGGGGGAACGCAGCAGGGGGACCAAGGGGGACUCCUCGGUCACCCUCACGCCGUCAGAAGCAUCCGGCACAGACGCAUCGGUUGUUCCUGAUUCUGCGUCCACACCUAGCACGUACACCGCCGUCUCGCCGCACCGCGGACCGACCCGGGCUCUGACGGCCAAGAGAGCUGUAAGAGUGGUCGACAAAAGUAUCCAGGCAGGCGAGCUGGAGAUCGUUCAUAACGGGACCCGACGGCACACCAGAGAUGUUGGGACUACGUUCCCUUCUCCUGGAGAGGCCAGAGCUUUGGAGCAGAUCUCCUCCUCUUCGUCCAGCACCGUGGGAGGAAGAGGAGGAGCAGGGGGGAGAGUUCCUCCCAAAUCCAACAACUGUCAGAAGCAGAAAAAGAGCAAGAGGAGCCCCUCCAAGCAGUACCCCAAAGGCGUUUCGUGGUUCAUCUCUGCUGACAGCCUGAGGUCCGAGGCGAGGAAGGAGAACCGGCCCGGGGAGCCGUGGGCCGGGAGGCAGAACGCGGCGUGGUUUGAGCCGUGCAGCAGAGUCCGUCCGUGGAGGGAGCCGCUCAGACAGAGACAGGUCCACGAGGACGGAAGCAGCCAAUCACAUUUCAUCGCUCAGCCCGAGCCGGACCCAUAUCCUAGAACCAAAAUAUCGUCCUCUGCUCUAACACGGGUCUCCUUGCAAGAGGCUCUGGAGAUGUGCCGCCCAGAGUUUAUCUCUCGAUCCAAGCAGAGGGUGAGAUGCCUGGCUCUGCAGGCAGACGAGCGGAGGCUGCAGGCCGUGUUCAGCCGAGAGAGAAACCUGCCGUUCAAGCAGCCAGGAGGAGCCUGGAGGUCUGCAGGCGCUGCCCUGUUGAGGAGAGCGGUACCCAGGAAGGAAAUGAUCCAGAGGUCCAAACUAAUCUACGAGAAUCUCCCAGAGGUGCGGCGCAGGAGAGAGGAGGAAAGAAGGAAAGCGGAGUAUCGGUCCUACAGACUGAACGCCCAGCUCUACAAUAAGAGAAUCACGGAGCGGGUCCUGGGCAGGAGAACGGCCUGGCACUGACACAGCGCCACCAUCUUGCUCUUCAUGUUACAAAUCGUGUUUAAAUGUUUGGAACUGUUCAACAUAGAGCUAAGCAUAGAGAUUUGUUGUUUGUUUAUUUACCAUGAGGAUGAUUUUAUUCUUUUUUUUGCUGACAUUUUUAGAAAUAAUGCUGUAAAAAAACAGAAACUUGAAAUCAGUUGUUUUCUAUUAAAGUGAUUUUAAAGUUUUUUUUAAAAAAAUGUUUGAAAAAGAAUGCCUUGUUUUGUUGUGGUGCUGUGAAACAACGGAGGCGGCAGAGAUGCGCUGGCUUCCAUGGGUUUAUUGAUCGGUUAUUGGUUGGUCAGCAACAGGGAACCAUACAGGGACGAGUCGGACAAGCUGCGGAUUCACUACAUCACUGAGAGCACAGCUGGAUAAGGACAACACAUCUGCUCGUUUCAGCUUGACCUACUUUCAUACAAAUGCACUAUGCCCGUCAAAUUAAUAAAUAAAACUUUAAGUUAAUAGCGGUGUGUAAACAUAAGUAGCCACAAAAUACGUCAGUAUAAAGGUUGGGUUGGAUUCAGCCUUGGCGGGUGCGGUGGAAAAAAAACAUUCUUUGGCAAAAAAAAAAAAA